CAUCGUUCGAAUUCACCAGCGUUGCUUGCGAAGUCGCUGUCUCGACCAUGAUUAUAUAUGACUUCUUGCUCACCUUGGGUCAAGACGUUCGUCAUUUUUGGUCAAGAAAGUUGACGCUCUCCGUAGCACUGUACUUCUUGACCCGCGUUACGACGCUAGCCGUCGCUGUCUUCUACAUCCUUUUUCAGCUUCUGCAAUCCUCUUCUGCUGGAUGCAAAACAGUACCUUACCUUUUCACAUCCUUGGAAAUGCUUUCAAUGUGUUUAUGGGCAGUUUUCUCAGCUUUGAGGGUUCAUGCUAUCAGCAACAGAAAAAAACUCCUCACUGUGGUUGUGCUGGGAUUAGGCCUUGUGCCAGUCGCGACCAAUUUCGAAUCGCUUGCGAAAGCAUCACUUCUGACGGUUGAGAUCGAGAACUUCACAAUAUGUGUACAAACUACCUCGUUGUCCAAUAGCGAAUAUGGGAUAGGGAUUAUCGCGACACGCUCAUGCGCUAUCGCCAACGAUGCGCUUGUUCUUGUUCUCACAUGGUACCAUGCCUAUGGCACCAUCAAAAUAGGACCACCGUCUGGCACUGUCUCGUCUUUGGCGCUGAUUCUGCUUAGAAAUGGUGCAAUGUACUUCGGAAUCUUGCUUGCCGUCAAUGUCUCUCAGGUUGUCGUGUGGCUUCUCGCCAUGUCGGAUGUGCUGGAUGCUUUCAACUUUUCGUUCACCUCCAUCAUGAUGUCCCGAUGCAUGCUGGAUCUACAUGAGGCCGCAUUUUCCACUCAGCAUGCUACGGAUCCGCAAGCGGUCGCAUCAUUACGCAUCGAAGGCAUAGAUUCCUACGAACUGCAAAUUGGCGACAUCGGUGAAGCCGCGGCUGUUGCAAAUGAGGACAGGCUCGCAACGAUUUCUUUGCAGGCAAUUGGCGAAGCGAACUCUGCCAUCGAGGAGGGCAGACGUCAGUCAAACACGUUCUCCGCGGACUCGUCCUUAACUGGCACGGAUGGGAGGGCGGGCUAUUCUGGUGCAGAUAUUGAGAGAAAUUAUGCUUCGGAUGACGAGGACUGCUCGUAUUCACGAAGAUGGCAACUAUUCAUGACUCGUCUGUUCACGAGUGGCUGUAUAUGUGCUGUCUAACUUAUUCCAACUACCACGGUAAAUUAGAAUCUCAUUGUACCAGAGGAAAGAGGUUACCGCCUCUUAUACCAUUUUCGG